UAUAUUAAAAUUGGUUUGUUUUUAAUGUUAUAUUUCUAUAAUUUGCAACUGAAAACUCCUUUUUGUGUUAAUAUAUAAUAUAAAUGUGUGAAAAUUAUUCUUCAGUUUCGAUUUGUGACCUUGUAAAAGUUUAGAAUUAAGAGUAAAAUUAUUGGUAACCUUAAACUACAAUGCCGAUUGUUAUUAAAUUAUAUUUGUAGCUAUGGAUUCUAGAGAAGAAUCAACAUCAGCUGUAAAUCGUAACAAAUGUGAUCGUGAAAGUGACAAAACCAACAGUUGUAGUAGCACAUCAAAACAACGAGGGCAAGGUGACUGUGAUGAAAAUGUGUUUACAUCAAUGUCACAUGAAACCGAUGCUUGUUAUAACUCACAAAACGGCUCUAAAGGUAGAAGUACGACCUCAGUGAGUAAUGAAUUAAGUGAGACAUCAAAUAGACUGCCCUCUCUUACAGAACAACAAAGAAAUAAAGACACUCAAAUGACAAAUAACAUCAAUAACACUACUGCAAAUCUCGAAUCUACAAGUUGCAGUGUUUCAGAUACAAAUUCUCGUGACAAUCCCCUAGAAUCCAGUCAGGAUAAACAAACGUGUCAAAAACAUAAAGUAUGUUUAGGCAGUGCAGGUACUUCUUAUAAUUUUAAUGCACCAUCUACUAGUAGUGCAUCUUCAAGCAAAGUCUUAGAGAACUUGCCAGAUACUUUUGAUUUAAGAGAAAAUAAGAAGAGGCCAUCUACCUUAAAAUUAAAUAAACCUAAUUUAGACGCUGAUGAAAGCUCUAGUGAUACUGGCAAUGAUGAUUAUUCUUUAGGCUCUGAAGAUGGUUGUAUAUACACAUACCGUGGUGGUGAACACUUGGCAGAUUUGCCAAGUUCUUUCUAUAGUUUAGAUAUGGGCUUACCACUUGAUAAGCAUCUACCAAUGCUGCCAAAUUACCAAGCUCCAGCUGCCAAUGUCAGAGAACAAGCUUCAAGAGCAUCAAGUCCAGAUAUGGACUUUCUGGAGAUGGAUUUUGAUCCUGGGCCUUCAUGUGAAGUGGAUACAGGAGAUGAAUCAACCCCUGAUGAGGAUUUAGAGUGUGCUAACAUGCCAGAAGAGAAUGAGCCAGUUAUUAGAGGCACAUCUCCAGAAUAUUUACCAGCUGCAGUACCUGUAGUGGUCGCUUGUAGCUCCACACAAUCACAACCAUCGGAAGUGCAAAUUCAUUACUGUAAUGUGCCAUCAACGAGUCAAGGAGUAGAAAUGCCACAGAGUAUACCAGAUAAUACCAGAUCAGUUCAAGCUUUUGGGCCAUUUAUCACUCAUAUAAACGCGAGAGGGGAACAUUUGUUGGUACGUCGGACAAUGUCCCAUUGUAACACAACUCAUCCUGUCAGUGUACAUAUUUCGAGCGGUGAUUUAAUAUCACCAAGAGAAAUUUUGAAUUAUGAAGAAGAACAAGCUGAGGCGCCCUUUGCGCAUCAAAUCAAUCAAGGGGAGAGACCGGCGUUUGAAUCAUCAAAUUUAUCAUCUGUCUUAUACCAUCUCAACAUGGCCAAGAAACUUAUGAAAGAUAAAAUUAAGUUAGAUAUCGAAAGUCAAGAUGCUGCCAGCUCGGAGGUCGAUAAAUUAGGCACCUCAGAAUGCAGUAUCGCAUGUGUGGAGGUACCUAGAUGUAUGGUGUGGUCUGAACGAGAGGCCUGCGAGCGGCAGGUCACACAAAUAGGGACUAGUGCUUGCGGGGCAACGGCCGUCGUUAAUGUAUUUAUAGCGCUGGGUGUCCCAGUUAAUAUAGAGAGAAUUAAUUCAUCCAUAGGAACCAGACUCAGAGCAUACAAUGCACCAAUACCAAGGUAUCUGUUAUCUCGUUCUGUCGCCGGCUGCACGGCCGCGGAUCUGGUGAGGUGUUUGCAGCGCGCGUCUGAUGGUCUACUCACAGCGAGGUUUUUCCCCACUCAUCCCGAACGAGCUGUGUCCCUUAGUCACUGGCUGGCUGACUGGAUAUCACUCGGUGCAGUACCAAUACUAACGAUGAACAUGCAAAUGGGCUGCGAGGGUGAAAUACCAGAUUCGUGGCACCACCAAAUGAUUUUCGGAGUGUCUUCACAGGGUGUUUACUUGACGAAUCCCUUGGAGUGUCUCCGUGAAACCGUUCUGUGGCCUCGUCUGACAUCACCUUCUGUACUCCUUGUACGAAGCCGUGACGUCCUCGCUAGAUUCACAGCGGACACUGACCUAACGCCACUGAUGUUCGUGCCCGACAGACGGUUUCAUACAUUCAAUGUGUUAGGUCAAGUCGCCAACGUGAUACGUGAAUGGCGAUCUACAGGGUGGUCAGAGCAGGGUACGCGUACUCGUCACGUCCGUAUACCGGCCUCGUACCAGGCGGGGGUCACCAUCGCCGUCCUCACUGGCUCAGAGGCACACAGGCGGCUUGUACACGCUUCACAGUUACCGCUUCUAGCUCCGGACGACACAAUGUGAACACCUAUAUAGUGUGCUGUGCAAACGAAGAAUUGUCUAUGGGUGGGAGCGUUUUGAGAACUUAUUGUAUACCACCGAAUAUUAUUUGUUAACGCCUUUUAUUAUACAACAGACACACAUACAGUUUCUAUAUCCUUAGCUUCUCGUAUGCAAUGUUUACAUAAAGUAUCCAAUGCUGUAACGUACCAAGCAUAGCAUGUAAGGAAUGCUUGCUGCAUAUAAAGUUAAUAUAUAUAUUUUUAAUAUAUAUGUAUUGUUAAUAUAUAUAUCAUUAAUGAUUAAUAUAAAAUGUUGAUUUUUAGGGCUUAGUUUUAUAUGAUUCGCUCAAACGUUUAUUUUGUACAGCCGUUGUGUUAAAAUUUGUUGAACUGUUCCGGUUUGUAUGGAUGGAAGGUUUCUCUUAUAAUUUAAUAGAACAUAUUCAUAAUAAUCAAAGCUUCUCGUUUGGCUAAAUUUUGUUAGCCACUUGAUGUAAAUAAUUGAUUUAAUAAUAUUAACAUGUAUUUUAGUCAAUUGGUGCUUACUAGUCAAAAUUAUAUUAGCACAUAACACAUGUAAACGUUUCUACACAGAAAUAAUGGUUGAGCUAACACGUAGUGUCUCUUAAGUAUUCAGUUCGGAAUAUAUUUUCGGAACUCCAAAUGUCAUGGUGCGUUGCCUUCGCGUGAUUUGUGUUAUUAGUUUUUUUUUUUAAUUUAUUCAAGAUCUUUGUGUUGCCAUAAGUGAAAUCCAACCUCUGCGGAGUACCAUACUGCUGAACACAAACUGUCACUACUGUACUGCCAAGUGUUUUUUUUGUUGAUGAAAUCGUUUAACUAAAUUAUUUUUAGCGCCAACAGUGUGAUAUGUAUUACAUUGGUCUGUUUGGGAGGUAGUCUACAAUCUUUUCUUGUAUUAUGUAUCGGUUGUAAACUUGACGUGAAUAUCGACGAAACAAUGUUAUGUAUAACAUUAUAUUUUUGGAAUAUAAUAUCAUAGAAU